CCAACGACACGCAAUCGUACAUAACACACAACACAGAGAGAGAGAGAGAGAGAGAGAGAGCCAACAGUUUUAGAGAGAAGAAUCAACGGUUUCCGUCAAUCAAUCUCCGCCCGCCGCGCACGAUGGAGGCACCACCGUUCCUCCACCACCCUCCCAGGUAUGUCCCGCUGUCCCACCGUCCCCCCGCUCCCCUGCCUCCGCCUCCUCCUCCGCCCCAAAGCUUAUCCACGGACCCUAAUUUCUACCCGCGCUUCCUUCCUCCGCCGCCUUCUGCUCCUCUGCCACCCCAAUCCUACCGCCCCCUUCCUCCGCCGCCGCCGCUGCGGCCCCCGUCUCACCAAUCGCAAUUCACUUUCCUCAAUCAUCACCCCGUUGAAGACUUCGAUUUCCCUCGCCGUCAUUCUUCUCCGCCUAGGGUUUUCAAUAGGCCCCUGUUCGAUGACGAUCGAUCCCGUCUUCGUAUCCACGAAUUGGAUAAUUCUUUUCCCGAUCCCGGUCCUGAGUCAUGGGUGGGUUCACCUGUUGUUUGCCGUCGUUUUUUCGACGAUCAAAUCCCUGUGUCUCCCUUUCGGCUAGCUGAUAAUCAUAGGCUUGGUCUAGAAGGUAGUUUUAGGUUUAGAGACGGAUUGACUGAUGCGUUCGAACCUAAUCAUAGUCCAGAAUUUUUACGAAGUCGAUCUGGUAGUCGCAGCACUGAUUACCACGAUGAUUAUGUAUCAAGUUCCAGCGGUCCUCAUAGGAGAUCUUCUUUUGGUGAUACACUUGUUGAUUCUAACCCUAAUUCCUCGAGAGAUAAUGGGUCAAACAUGGGGAGUUAUGAAUCUUUUCAUGGUAUGGGUUCAGAUAGUGAUAGGUUUCGACGUAAGAAAAAUAUAAGAUGGACUCAUGAUCUGCCGCCCUCCAGAGAUUUUCCUGAUGCACCAGUGGAGACAAAAACGAAUGAGUUCGGUGAAGGUGAUGGAGAACCCCGACUUGGUUUCUCCAGGCGGGCACCUCAAAGUUAUGGUACGGGUAGAUUUGUUUCUAGAGGUAGUAGAGAAGGUAAACAAGAUUUCCGGCAGAGUCCCAGAAAGAAAAUACAGAAGAAGAGUGCAUUACUUAGGAUUCAAUAUGGGAAGUCUCAUAAUAGGAAUAGAAACGAUGAAUACAAUUUUCCUUCAGCUCGAACUGAUAACUCAGACCCCAGUAGGUUUAGAAGUAGAGGCUCCUUCAUUUAUUCUAAUAACAGAAUGGAAGAAGAUAGAGAGGGAAGCCCAGUGGAGCUUGAUGUUUCGUUUAAAUCUAAUGCACUGGUAGCCAAGGCUGUUGUGACCUCUACAAGUAAUGGAACUGAAUCUGAUAGGAAUUUGCAGCCAGGAAAUAAAAAGUUUGCAGAUCUUUUAAACUUGCCACCUACCAAACUAAGCCAUAAUCCUGUGAAAUCAAACAGCCCCACGAAUGCUUUGGAUUGCCCAUCUAUUUCUUGCAAGAACCCAAAGCAGUCGAGGGAGAAUGUCAUGGAUUUUAGUGGUGAAGCUGUACGUGGUUUUGGUUCACAAUCUUGUUCCAGCGGCACCAUCAGUUCUCAUGGAUAUAAUACACCAAAAGAACUGGUUUCACAUAAGCAUGGUACUGUUGACUUGGAUGGAAUAUCUUCGCUGAGGUCAAGGAAGAAAAAUAAAGUUGUAAGCACUCUUUCUCGUGGGUCAAGAUCACGGACAAUCAAGAAAAAUGCUGAGCUUGUCAAAGAAGACAGAUCCACAACUAGUCUACCUGCAGCCUCACAGGCUGGUGAGGAUGAUAUGCAAUUUAAAGAGAAAAAAGCUUCUUCUUCUAUGGUUCUGGUAGAUAAUAUUGAGGUCCAGCCUUAUUCAAAUGGAUUGACUGAACAUAAUAAAGUGGAUGAAUUUCUAGGGGUUAUAGUUUCGGCUAAAGCUGGUGCUGACAUUGAUUCUGGUGGAUCACAUAUAUGGAACAUGAGGGGUGAGGGAAAUAUCUCUUCCCCACUUUUGGGUUCAUCGAGUCCUCUGAAAACCAAAGUUGAUGUGGGUACAGUAACUGAAGAUACAAAGGUUGAGUUGAAUGCUGUGUCAAGUUCUGACAGGGUUCCAGUUGAAUUGUAUAUAAGUUCUCCAUCUGAAUUUUUUCACAUGGAUCAUAUUAGCCAGAGAUCUCAGAAUGAACCCCCUGUAAUUCUUCAAAAUGAUCUUUUUAAAGAAUCUUUAGAGUCUAAGUUGCCAAUAGGAGAUGAUGUUAAUCAUUUACUCCGUCCCCAGGAAAUCAAGGUUCAGAAGGGUCCCUUGAAUUUACACAGCAAUUUUCAUGAAGGGGAUAAUGCUUCAAAUUCUGAGAAUGGCCUUACUGGAGAGAAACUGAAUGAUACUGUUGCUAAUGUUUAUGAUGUAAAUGCUGGUGCUAUUUUUAAAGAAACUGCCUUAUUGGUGGAAAGUGCUGCUUUGGAAGGAUUGCCAAGGUCCAUUCCUUCAAUUGAAAGCAAUGGUACAUUUGGUUUGUCAAGUGCAAAGGAAACCAUCAAGAGGGGCUUUGAUGCAAGUGUCUGCAUUCACAACGAAAGUACUGCCUUAGCUUCUAACAGUGUUGUUACUAAUUCUGAAUGGAAAAGACCUGUUUGUAAGAUUGGUUUUGUCGACAACAAUAGCCAUGAGUCAUGUCCAGCUGGUUUGAUAAAGACUAUUCCUGUAGAUGGACUUUCAGAGCCCACAAUGUCAUGUGGAGGAAACCUACAUGUUAAUGUUAAUGGGUGUUCACCUAAUAAGAGAAAAGACAGGGAGAUUCCUUUGGAAUUGUUAAGUCCAAGCAAAAUCAGUUUGCUUGUUAAUGAAGUUAGCACUUUACAUCCAGUAGCUACAACCUUAAGCUGUCCCGUUGAGGAUUUUAGUUCUGCUGAACAUGAAGUUAUGAUUUUGGGUGCAGGGAACAAUGAUACUGUCAUAGCAUGUACCGACAAGGACAACAUUGUGCAUUGGGACAGUUCAACAAAAGGUUAUCUGGAAAAUGACCUUUCAGUUAAACGGUGUUUUGAGGUGAGUCAAAAUGCAACUUCUCCCAAUCAUAUGAAGAAGAGAAAAGUCUCUGAAUCAGUUUCACCUUCUCCAUUGCCCUCUGAGACACAGGAGGAGCCUGUAAGUGCUGGUUUCUUCAUGCACAGUGUGGAAGUUCCUUCAAGUACUGAUGGGAAUUUGAUACAAUCAGAAGAUGGAGUUAUGGUGUCUAACAUGGAUACUGUGUUUUCUUCUGGCUUUCCUCUUUGUUCAGAGAGUACGACUUUGUUGUUAGGAAAUACGGAGGUGGGAGCCUCACGGAAUGGCUUGGUGGGUGAGGGCUGUAAUAUUGUUGUUUCAAAACUUGAGCAACGAUAUCCUUAUCCAUUAGGAGUGGUAGGUGAGCAGAAAGAAAAAGAUUCUGUGGCUAUUAUGACCAGAACAAAUAAUCAAUUUGAUACUCUUGAUACGGAAAAAGCUAGAGGGGAAAAUAUAGAUGCUUCCAAGACUGACAAGGAGCCAGGAAUACUUUGCUCAGGAACCGUUCAGCAGAGAAUUCCCUUAGGAACUUUGUCUCCAGCCAUUGAUCAAACAAAACCUGUUACUGAUGUGGAGUAUGACAGUUGCCUUCUUGUGAAGGAUGGUUUGCCGUCUUUAUUAAACACUUUGUCCACUCAUGUAGAUGGUAAUGAUAUCUCUGAUAUUAAUUUGCCUGAUGAAAUGGAGCCUGAGCCUAUGAAAUUAUCUAAUCAGGACCCUACAGAGAAAUUAUCAACUAUCUCAGCCUCACGCUUCAAGGAAAAUGCAUCAGAUGGCCAAGUACCAAGUGAAAAGGGAUGCGAGGAUGUAACAAAAACUGAUAAGCUUGUGUUUGAAGGUCAUUCACCAUAUUCUUUGAAUACGUCUUUGCAAGAUGUGGCUCUUGACAAGAAAUCAGGCCAUACAGUGGGACUUGUUCACUCCAUAAUUUCCAAGGUUGGAAUCAGGCCUCAGGAUGGAAGAAAAACUUCUGGUUGGAAUUCUAUGGGUGGGGAAAUUAACAUUAGAAAAAACCAGCUGGCUUCGGCAGUCCCUAGAGGAUUUCCUAGCCAUUUAUCUUUAAAGAAAACAGAAACAUCAAGCUGCCUCUCAAAACCCAGAACCUGGCAUCGAGUUAGCAAUCCUGCUGCUUCAUCUUUUCCAGGAAAGAAAUCCUACACGAGGACUGCUGCUCCACAUUGGCAGUCACCUAGUGGUAUUGGAAAGAAUCAGAAUGCUUCUUACAUUCGUAAAGGUAACAGUCUCGUAAGAAAACCUUCUCCAGCAGCUGCUCCACUUAAUUUCUCUCAUGCAUCAGGUUCAUCUGUCUACCGGUUGAAUUCUAUGGGAAUAGAUGGAUUGAGUAAAGGGACAGUAGUUGAGAGCAAGGUCAACGGCAGUGACCCACUGAUUUGCUCGAGUACUGGGCAGAAUUCUGCUCUUGAAAGGCCUCAAACACCUCCAUUACCCAACUUAUCCAACUCCAUAACCUUAUCUUCAGGAAAUGGAGCACCUUUACCAUUGGCAGAUUCCCUGGUAAAUGGUUGCUCUAUAACUGAGUCAGAUCCUUCAAAACAUAAAGAGAAUCCAGAUUUACCAAAGCCUUUUGAGGAUGCUCCAAAUUCUUUUGGGACUCAUGACUAUCAAAAUGGUCAAACCAACAAUUCUGGAAGCCAGAAUUUACUGGAAGAUGGAAAUUCAGUGUCUCUAGAAACAAAGAAGAUAGUAUAUUUGAAGAGAAAAUCCAAUCAGUUGGUUGCAGCUUCCAGUUCUAGUGACACAUCUAUUCAGAAUGUAGAUAAGGCUGAAGCCCCGUCCUCUGAUGGUUACUAUAAAAGGAAAAGAAAUCAGCUCAUUAGAAAGUCGCUGGAAGUAACUGUAAAGGUUAACAUGUCUGAUGACACUUCAAAAUUAGAGGGGAAAAGCAAUCUUCAGGUUUCUACAAGCAGUUCUAGUAGGCAGCGCCCUGGUAAAGGUUUAGCAAAGGCAUAUAAACCUUCAAAAUACUCUUUGGUUUGGACACUUCGGGAUGCAUAUUCAUUGAAGAAAGAUAAUCCAUUGCUACAUCAAGUGUGGCCACAUCUAUUUCCGUGGAAAAGAGCUACAUACUUGAGAAGUGUCAUGCAUAAUUCUGCCUCCGUUUCCAAUUAUAAUUCCUUGUCCGCAAUCAGUCGGAAAUUGCUGCUCUCAAGAAAAAGGGAAACUAUCUACACAAGGUCUGCUCGGGGAUUGUCUCUUCGGAAAUCUAAGGUUUUGAGUGUUGGUCGGUCUAGUUUGAAGUGGUCAAAAUCCAUUGAAAAGAACUCGAGAAAGGCAAAUGAGGAAGCUACACUGGCUGUUGCUGCAGUACAGAAGAAAAAAAGAGAGAAGAGUGGUGUUAAUGCUGUUUCUGCUGGGACAAAGACACCAACAACAAAGAAUAGAAAUCAUUCUUUCCGUAAGUCAGUUCAUAGUAUAGAGCUGCGCCCAGGAGAGCGUGUGUUCCGUGUUGGUUCUGUUCGAUACAAAAUGGAUCCAACGAGACGGACACUUCAGAGGAUUGCAGACGAGGAAUCGCCAUGUUCGGUUACUGCUCAGUCUGAGAAGGAAGAAAAGAAAUCGCCUGUUCCAAAGAGAUUACUGAUUGGCAAUCAUGAGUAUGUUCGAAUAGGCAAUGGUAACCAGUUGAUUCGGGAUCCCAAAAAACGAACAAGAAUUUUGGCAAGUGAGAAAGUUCGAUGGAGCUUACACACUGCUAGACUGCGGUUGGCUAGAAAGAGGAAGUACUGUCAGUUCUUCACGAGGUUUGGGAAAUGUAAUAAGGAUGAUGGGAAAUGUCCUUAUAUUCAUGAUCCAUCGAAAAUUGCUGUCUGCACAAAAUUUUUGAAGGGUUCAUGCACUGAUCCAAACUGCAAAUUGACCCAUCAGGUGUAUCAAUUGUCUAAUAGACAGAUUUCAGUAUGGUUGAGUGGCUUAUAUUUAUUGUUUAUCAUUUUACCUCUACUUAUUUUCUUUCCCAUGCAGGUAAUUCCUGACAGAAUGCAGGACUGUUCAUAUUUUCUGCAAGGAUUGUGUACCAAUGAGAGUUGUCCUUAUAGACAUGUAAAUGUGAACCCCAAUGCCUCGAUUUGUGAAGGUUUUCUCAAGGGCUAUUGUGCUGAUGGAAAUGAGUGUCGAAAGAAGCACAGCUAUGUCUGCCCUGUUUUUGAAGCAGGAGGAGUAUGCCCUCUAGGUUCCAAAUGCAAGCUUCACCACCCAAAAAAACGAAACAAGGGAAAGAAGAAGAACCCUUGUGGAGAACAGAAGAAUGCUCGUGGACGUUACUUUGGCUCCAUGCAAAUCGAUACUUCUGAAUGCCAAACAGCUGUGGCUGGAAAGCAAACCGGGAAGGACGGCGAGAAUAUAUUCUUUGAAGAGGGAAGAUUUGCUGAUUAUAUCCAUCUAGAUGGUAGUGAUGAAGAAGAAGCUGGAGAUAUGGACAGUAAAGCAAGUGAGGAAACAACCACAUGGAAUGGUGGCGCUACAGAUCUCCAAUUAGAUGAUGAUAAUCUAAUCAGGCCCGUUUACAUAUUGAGCAAACAUCUGAUGACAGAAUUGUGUCCAGCUGUUUGCAGUCCCAGUGAGAAGACCGGAGGCGAUGUUUCAGAGGAAUCAAGUUGUAAAUAAUAAGGUAAUAGAGUUUAAGAUAAUCCUCUUUUUUUGCAGGUGCAGAUGGAUUUUGGCUUCUUGUAUUUGGUGUGUAGGAGAAAGUUGUGAAAAGAAGGCAAGCAAAGGAAAAAACAGAAAGAACAGUUAUAGGGAAAAAGAAUGCAAAUUUUAAUUUCUUCAUAUGAGAUUGGGUUUUCUAGCGGAGACUUUGUUUCAUGUGGUUGUCGGAAUGCCUACUUAUACUGCUAGGCUCCAAAUUUAACUGUAUAUAUAGUAUAAUGCCUUCUGAGUGGAGUA